GCUGGGUGUCUCACCCAGGAUCACCAGCGAGCUCAGGGUCCUUCCCCUGACCACCCCAGGGUGGGCAUUUUAAAAAGCGGCUGAAGGGAGGGAACACACUCUUUGGCGCCGUGCCCACCUUGCCUCGCCCAGGGCGGGCACUCAAAGGCUUUGGGGGCCCCGCCCGGGCCGCAGUGGGGAGAGGCCGCCCCAUGCCCCGCCCCACCAAAUUUAAGCGCCUUCGCCCAGCGCCGGACGUCCCCAGCCCCAAACAACCGGUCUUGCUCCUACCGUUUGCAGAAUCUCACUCCUCCCGAGCUCUCCUCCUUGCUCCCGUCCGGGCAUGGGCCGCGCCAAGCCCAGCCCCAGGUCGCCAGGCAGCCUGCCGCCCGCUCCCUCGGGCACUCGGGUCCGGCCAACGCGCUCUGGCCCUAGCCGCUCUCCGGCGCUCGGGUCCCCCACGGGCCAGAAAACGCCCCGCACUCCCGGACGGUUCCAGUCCCCCUUCUCCGUCGAGGCCAUCCUGUCGAGGCCCGACCCCGUCGCGCCGGCUGCCUCCCCGCUGUCAGUCUCCGCCUGCGCCCACCAGCACCUCUGGACAGCUCCUUCUCCGUGCAAUGCCCAGAGUCUGUUCUGGCCGUGCCGGGCAUCGUGGCCGCCUGCCUAUCUGAGCGUGAGUCUCUACCCGCUGUGCUCCCCGCGCCCCAUGCCGGGGCCGCGCGUGGCUCCCGUCUGCAGCCUGCGGGGCUUCGGCAUCACAGGCUUGGAGCUGGCUCAUUGCUCAAGACUCUGGGCCUUCCCAGGCUGGGCCCCAACAGAGGACCUGCAGGACACAGAGAGACAGCAAAAGAGAGUCCGAACUAUGUUUAACUUGGAGCAGCUGGAAGAGCUGGAGAAAAUGUUUGUAAAACAGCACAAUCUGGUGGGGAAGAAGAGAGCCCAGCUGGCAGCUCGGCUCAAUCUUACAGAGAACCAGGUGAGAGUCUGGUUCCAGAACCGCAGGGUGAAGUAUCAGAAGCAACAAAAGCUGAGGGCAGCAAAAGCUGCUGCUGAGGCUGCCUCCCUGGAUGAGCCUUCGAGCAGCUCCAGUGCCAGCAUCCAGAGUGAUGAUGCUGAGUCAGGAGUGGACAGCUGAGGACUGGGACAGAGGCCCUGGCCAGGCUGCCUGGCUAGUUGCGCCUGAGCUCUCUGCCUCAAACCUCAACAAACAGCCUCCUCAACCAGAGGAAUCUAAGCUGUCAAGUAAGGACCCCCUUUUUUAUAUAUCCAUACCCCUAGAAACUGGAAUAAUAAAAUGAUUGGAGGUACAGACUUUGGUCUUCACCUAUGUCCUUGUCCAAUCUAUGGAACUUCUGAGUCUUUUUUCUUUAUCUGUAUAAUGGGUGUGUUCAUAACUUAAACCACCCAGGGGUGAGAUGAUGUCUGUAAAGCAAUAAUGUGCCAUGCACAGUGUAAAGUGUGUACUGCUAAGGCUUGUAGGCCCCUGAGUAGAGACCAGUUGGAAAAAACAGUGUUUCUUCUGCUGUCACCCCAUAACAAUCAACACAAAAGACUUGUG